AUUAACCAAAAAGCUCGCCUUUAAUCCUAUGGAAUAAUUUAGGGCCAUGAAUGCGCGAGCACUUUAUAAGCGGCCGCCUCCGGUCAGCUCUUCUCAGUCUGAAGCGUCUGGAAAGAGGAGAACGCGCACACUCGAUGCUCUAGGUUUUGACAAUUAUAUAAUUUGUAAUUAUAGACUUGUUUUUUACGAAAUGAUGGCGUCAAAGAUGAAGGAUCGCAAGAAAACUCCCGUUUCUCAUAAAGUCAUCGAGAAAAGAAGAAGAGACCGAAUCAACAGAUGUCUAAACGAACUGGGGAAGACUGUACCAAUGGCAUUGGCUAAGCAGAAUUCUGGCAAACUUGAGAAAGCAGAAAUCCUGGAGAUGACGGUGCAGUAUCUGCGCGCGCUCCACUCAGCAGACUUUCCGCGCGGGAGAGAAAAAGGCGAACUGCUGACAGAGUUUGCGAAUUACUUCCACUACGGCUAUCACGAGUGCAUGAAAAACCUCGUUCACUACUUAACCACCGUAGAGCGAAUGGAGACCAAAGACACCAAGUACGCGCGGAUCCUCGCCUUUCUACAGUCCAAAGUGGUUACCGAGCCCGUGUUUGGCUCGUUAGGCACAAUCUCACCAGACCCCACGGACCUACUGUGCCAGCUGGAGUAUCAGAGUCCAAGUCCCACCGAGUCAGUGUUUCAGCAGAGCCCACCCGGACACUUUUCCUGGCACAGCUCGACGCGGAGCCCCACGCUCGCCUACCCAGCGAUGUCUCAGCACAGCGGAUACUUAUCGCCGGUUCAGGGACUCGAUCAUCACUACAUGAACUUCAUCGGCCACAAUGCCUUCAGCUUACACAAUGCACAACACGCCGCUCUGUAAAUACGUCUUAAUAUGUCCUUAAUUUAUAUCAAAUGUACAUGUUUUAUGUUAAUAUGUAGAUAUGUCUCGAAAUAAAUAACUUUUGAAUAAGA